GAAAAGAGGGGAAAACACCUCCAAGUCUCCAACUCCCUCAUUCUCAAUUUCAAAAUUAUAUUAGUAGUAUUAUUAUUCAUCAUCGGAAGAUACAUUUCCUGCAACUCUCCACCGACUUUUCCCCCCUUUUCAUCGCUGCCGCAGCAGCAUCAUCUGCCACUGUUUCCGGUCAUCUUUGUUGAAACCACAAGAGUUUAGCUCGUACAGGCACAGCAGUUAAUUUGUUUGACGAGUUAUGUCUCUUCUCAGUAGAUUCUUUUAUAGAAGACCGCCAGAUGGCUUGCUUGAGCUUGUAGAUAGAAUUUAUGUUUUUGAUUCUUGCUUUUCAACGGAGGUUAUACCCGAGGGACUGUACCAACUUUAUCUGCACGAAAUUAGUAACGAAUUACAUGAAGAAUUUCCCGAGUCAUCCUUUCUGGCUUUUAAUUUUCGAGAUGGUGAAAGGAGGAGCCAGUUUUCCAAAAUCUUAUGUGAAUAUGAUAUCACUGUCAUGGACUAUCCAAAACAAUAUGAGGGCUGUCCCCUUCUACCAUUAUCUCUUGUUCAUCAUUUUCUCCGUCUUAGUGAGAGUUGGCUUGCCCUUAAUAAUAAUCAAAAUGUGAUUCUGCUUCAUUGUGAGAGAGGUGGUUGGCCUAUUUUAGCAUUUCUUUUAGCCAGCAUUUUGAUUUACAAAAAAAUUCAUACCGGUGAGCGUAAAACUCUCGAAAUUGUUUAUCGGGAGGCUCCUAAAGGUCUAUCUCAACUAUUGUCACCUUUAAACCCGUAUCCGUCACAGCUCCGUUACCUGCAGUAUAUAUCAAGGAGAAGUUUAUCUGAGGAGUGGCCUCCCCCUGAAAGACCAUUAUCUUUGGAUUGCCUAAUUCUUCGUGCUAUUCCAAAUUUUGAUAAUAAAAAUGGGUGCAGACCAGUUAUUCGAAUAUAUGGCAGAAGUCUUACGAGUAAAGAUGGCCUUUUGACGGAAACAUUAUAUUCCACACCUAGGAGAGGUAGAAAUAUUCGGCAUUACCGGCAGAAGCAAAGUGAUGUGAUCAAGAUUGAUAUUCAGUGUUUGGUAGAAGGUGAUGUUGUACUAGAGUGUCUACAUUUAGAAGCUGAUUCGGAAAGAGAAGUUAUGAUGUUUCGUAUAAUGUUCAACACUGCCUUUAUUAGAUCUAAUAUUUUGAUGCUUAACUGUGACAAUUUGGACACACUUUGGGACUCAAAGGCACGGUUUCCAAAAGGUUUUCGAGCUGAGGUUCUUUUUGGAGAUGUUGAUAACGUUUUAACACCCAAAGCUCCAACCACAAUGUUGAAUGGAGAAGACAAAGGUGGAUUGCCUAUUGAAGCUUUUAACAAAGUUCAAGAACUAUUCAAUGGGAUUGAAUGGGCUGAUGGUGGUGACGAUACUGCAUUAUGGCUAGUCAAACAGCUGUCAAAUCUGAAUGACGCAAAAGAGUUAUCAAUGCUUCGGAAUAAAUUGAGUACAUAUUCAUCACCUUUUGAUUCGGAGGAUGAAAAUAAUGCUUCCAGUGUUGCUGAUAGUUUAGAUUUUUUGGAUUCUGAGAGGAGUAAUGAUCAUACUCCGUCUGCUGUGAACUAUUUUGAUGAAUCUUCAUACCAAAAUUCUUUCUCGGAUGGAACACCUGAUCUCAAGUCAUUGGAGGAUCCAUUGCAACAUAAACUAUCAGAUAUCAUUGACUCAAGUGUUUCAUCUUCUGGAAGUGGUAAUGCAUGUAACGCAAAUGAUACUUCAUCUCCAAAUCAAGUUUCAUCUGCUGAUAGCAAAUCCGUUGAACCAAUACCCCCUGUUUUAGAUUCUUCUAGAGAUGCCCCUGAAGCAGUGGCACCUCCUCCCCCGCCGCCGCCACCACCACCACCGCUGCCACCGUCUUUUUUAAUUGGUUUAGGCGGAGGCUCUGCAUUAUCUCAUCCUUCACCAAAUCUUUCAAGUAAUAUACCACCACCACCUCCACCUCCCCCGCCAUUUGUAAGAGGUUCAGCUGGAAAAGAUGCUCCUCCCCCUCCCCCACCGCCGCCACCUCCUCCUUCCUUGACCCCUAUCUUCUCAAAGAGCCCCCCGCCGCCACCUCCACCUCCACCGCCGCCCUCAUUCAGUUCUAUAUCUAGUUUUGCAAAGAGUCCACCACCCCCACCCCCACCUCCACCAGUAUACUCCAAAGCCCCUCUGCCACCUCCACCUCCACCUGCUUCUAAAGGGCCGCCACCGCCUCCACUCCCACCUUUACCUAUUUCUUCCAAAGGCCCUCCACCACCACCACCUCCCCCUCUACCCGUUUCUUCUAAAGGCCCACCGCCUCCUCUACCCUUUUCCUCUAAAGGCCCUCCACCACCACCGCCACCACCACCUCCACCAGUUACCAGCAGUAGUGUUUUGAGUACUAAAGACAGUGCUACCUCAGGACCUCCACCACCUCCUCCACCUCCUGGAGCUCCACGUCAAGGAACAAUGUCUCCAGUAAUCAAGCCACCUGGUGCACCUCCACCUCCACCUCCACCACCGGGUCGCAAUGGUGCAGGUCCACCUCCUCCACCUCCACCACCGGGUCGCAAUGGUGUAGGUGCACCUCCUCCACCUCCACCACCGGGUCGCAAUGGUGCAGGUGCACCACCCCCGCCUCCACCUCCAGGCCGUGCAGGUGUACCAGGUCCACCUCCACCACCGGGUCGCGGUGCUGGAUCAGGUCCGCCACCACCUCCACCUCCUGGAACAAAGGGCUCUAACGGGCUGCAGCAAUCUACUUCAUCCAGUGGACGAUUACGUUCCUCUGGUUCUCUGGGUAGUGGAAAAGGUAAAGUUGGCUCGGGUUCUUCAAUUCCUCCCAAAAAAACCUCUUUGAAGCCCCUGCACUGGGUAAAAGUUACGAGAGCAAUGCAAGGGAGUUUAUGGGCCGAUAAUCAAAAACAAGAAGACCAGUCAAGGGCUCCUGAAAUUGAUAUAUCAGAGCUUGAGAGUCUAUUUUCUGCAGCUUCUGUUUCUGACAAUGCCAGCAAAGGUGGAGCUCGACGAGGUUCAAAAAUUAAUAAACCUGAAAAAGUUCAAUUGGUUGAUUUGCGUAGAGCAUAUAAUUGCGAAAUCAUGCUUACAAAGAUUAAGAUUCCUCUGCCGGAUAUGCUUAACGCUAUUCUUGCAUUGGAUGCUACUGCUUUGGAUAUUGAUCAAGUUGAGAAUCUUAUCAAGUUUUGUCCAACUAAAGAAGAAAUGGAGACAUUAAAGAACUAUACAGGAAAUAAGGAAAUGCUCGGAAAGUGUGAACUGUUUUUUAUGGAGCUAAUGAAGGUUCCCCGGGUUGAGUCAAAACUUCGAGUAUUUGCUUUCACAAUCACUUUUACCAGUCAAGUUAGUGAUUUAAGACGAAACCUGAGUGCAAUCAAUGAUGCUACUAAAGAGGUAAAAGAAAGUGCAAAGUUGCGCCAAAUAAUGCAGACAAUUCUCACACUGGGCAAUGCAUUAAACCAAGGCACUGCUCGAGGAUCUGCCAUAGGAUUUAAAUUGGACAGCCUUCUUAAACUGUCUGAUACACGUGCGAGGAACAACAAGAUGACCCUAAUGCAUUAUUUAUGCAAGCUUCUUGCGGAGAAGAUGCCGGAGUUGCUAGAUUUUGACAAGGAUCUGGUUCAUUUGGAGGCUGCUUCCAAGAUACAAUUAAAGACACUGGCUGAAGAAAUGCAAGCAGUGAGUAAAGGUCUUGAAAAGGUUGAACAGGAACUCACAGCUUCUGAGAAUGAUGGUGCUGUAUCUGCUGGCUUUCAAAAGGCAUUGAAGGGUUUUCUUGAUACCGCUGAAGCUGAAGUCCGGACACUUAUCUCCUUGUAUACUGAAGUGGGAAGAAAUGCAGAUUCACUCUCACAGUAUUUUGGAGAGGAUCCUGUUCGUUGUCCCUUUGAGCAAGUAACACAAAUUUUGGCAGUUUUUGCUAAGAUGUUUAAGAAAGCACGGGACGAAAAUGAACAGCAAGCAGACGCCGAGAAGAAAAGAUUAGAGAAAGAAGCCCUUAAAGAACACGCGUCAGCCAAAAAGGAGGGAGUUGAGGCUGAUUCCAAGAAAGACCUCAAAAACAUGAUCCGUGAUACAUCCCUUUCUAUAAAGAAACGAGACGCGGAUCUUAAAAGUUAGGACAAUCAGAAAGAGUAGUCUCUUCUUGCAUGCUUUUGAUAUCAUACGAGCUUAUAAUGUCCAGAAGACCCUCCCUAAUAUUGGUGAAGUGGUCCAUGUUUAUGUGGAGUCAACUAUCUUCUUCCUCACAUAUGUAUAGAGAUGCUAUAGUGACCUAGGCUACAUACAUGAUUUGUUCAUGUUUCAUGCCGGUCGAUUUUUUUUUUCUUUCUUUUUGUAUCAAAUAUUAAGUCAAUCAAAUUUAUUCUUUUUCUCUCCCAAUAUACGAAUGAUAGUUACUUUUAAAUUUUAA